AUGGUGAUUUUACUGACAGCACAUCGUUGUCUUGCUCUCAUUCUACUAGCAGCAUUCUCUUGCUUCUCUCUGAGGUUCUGUUGCGGUGAAGACAAAAUCACGUUCUCAACUCCCAUCAAAGACUCAGAGACCCUUCUCUGCAACAAUGGUGUUUUCAGGUUCGGUUUCUUCACUCCUGUAAACUCCACUGGUCAUUUACGUUAUGUUGGGAUCUGGUACGAUAAGGUUCCAGUUCAAACCGUUGUUUGGGUUGCUAACAAGGACACACCCAUCAACAACACUUCUGGUGUUGUUUCAAUCUCUGAAGACGGGAAUCUUGUGGUUAAGGAUGGUCUAAACCGCCUUGUAUGGUCAACAAACGUCAGAGUACCAAAGGCUCCAAAUGCUACAUGGGUUCAGCUAAUGGAUAAUGGGAAUCUUAAGUUACAAGUUAACAGAGAGACUCUGUGGGAGAGUUUCAAUCAUAACUAUAAUACUUUGUUGCCAAGAAUGAAUCUUAAGACCGACCUUAAAACCGGAUACUAUCUAGGACUUACUUCUUGGAAAAGCUAUGUAGAUCCUUCAACAGGGAACUACACAGUUAGUCUUGUUCCUUUCCCAUUUCCUGAGCUUCUAAUAAAGAAGAAUAAUGUUACACAGUGGCGUAGCGGUCCCUGGAACGGUCAGGUUUUCAUCGGUUUACCGGAUAUGGAUACACUUCUGAACAUUGAUGGGUUUAACCUUAACAAUGAUAACCAAGGAACGGUUUCAUUGACCUAUGCAAAUGAUUCUUUUGGGUAUCACAUUACCUUGGAUCCUAAUGGAGCUAUAUAUCAGAGGGAUUGGAGAACUUCUAUGAAUGAUUGGAGAGUUGGUGUCAGGUUUCCAUCCACAGAUUGUGAUUCAUACAAUAGAUGUGGUCCAUAUGGGAGCUGCAACCCCAGGGAAGAUCCACAAUGUAAAUGCUUAAAAGGGUUUGUGCCGAGGAAUAACACAGAGUGGAGUUCAGGGAAUUGGAUUCAUGGAUGUGUGAGAAGAGCUCCAUUAUGGUGUGAAAGACUUGGGAAUACAAGUGGUAAUGGUGGUGGUGGAGAUGGUUUUUUGAAACUGCAGAAGAUGAAAGUACCAGACAAUGUGGAAAAAAAGUCUCUAGCUGAUGAGGAAGCUUGUCCUAAGGUUUGUUUAGAUAACUGUUCUUGUACUGCUUAUGCAUAUGAUCAAGGAAUCGGAUGCAUGCUUUGGAGUGGUGACUUGGUUGAUAUGCAAUCAUUUUUGGGAAGUGGCAUUGAUCUUUAUAUUCGAGUUGCGCAUUCUGAACUCAAAACACAUAGCAAUCGAGUACUUAUGAUCACAGCACCUGUACUAGGCGUUCCCUUUGUUGCUGUGGUAUGCGUUCUUAUUGCAUGCAGGAAAUUCAAAAAGCGUCAAGAACCACAAAAAGAUAGAAGCGCAGAGAUAUUGUUACAGAGAAUUGAAGCACUAACAAGUGGCAAUGAGCUUGCUUCUAACCAAGCCAAUCUCAAGGAGCUUCCUCUCUUUGAGUUUCAAGUGUUGGCUGCAGCAACUGAUAACUUCUCUCUAAGAAACAAGCUCGGGCAAGGCGGGUUUGGUCCUGUUUACAAGGGGGUAUUAUCAGAUGGGCAAGAAAUUGCAGUGAAGAGGCUCUCAAGGGCAUCAGGACAAGGACUUGAGGAACUUUUGAAUGAAGUGGUUGUGAUUUCAAAGUUGCAACAUCGUAAUCUGGUGAAGCUACUUGGAUGUUGCAUAGAAGGUGAAGAAAGAUUGUUAGUAUAUGAAUACAUGCCAAAGAAAAGCUUGGAUGUGUAUCUAUUUGACCCUUUGAAGCAAAACAUUCUUGAUUGGAAGACUCGGUUCAACAUAAUGGAAGGGAUUUGCAGAGGUCUUCUGUACCUGCACAGAGAUUCAAGACUAAAGAUCAUUCACAGAGAUCUAAAAGCCAGCAACAUUUUGUUGGAUGAGAAUCUGAAUCCAAAGAUAUCUGAUUUCGGACUUGCAAGAGUGAUCCGAGCGAAUGAAGAUGAAGCUAACACAAGAAGGGUUGUUGGAACUUAUGGUUAUAUGUCACCUGAAUAUGCAAUGGAAGGUUUAUUUUCAGAAAAAUCAGACGUUUUCAGCUUGGGGGUUAUAUUUCUCCAGAUUAUAAGUGGGAGAAGAAACUCUCACAAGGAAGACAAUGAUCUAAGCCUUUUAGCUUAUGCGUGGAAGUUGUGGAAUGACGGUGAGGCUGCUUCUCUAGCCAAUUCAAUCGUCUUUGAUGAGUGUUUUGAGAAAGAGAUUACAAAAUGUGUUCAGAUUGGACUGUUAUGUGUGCAAGAGGCUGCAAACGAUAGACCAAAUGUUUCCACCGUAAUUUGGAUGCUAACUACCGAGAACACGAACCUUCCUGAGCCAAAGCAGCCUGCGUUUAUAGCAAGAAGAAGAGUUUUUGAGGCUGAAUCUUCUGACCAGAGCAGUCAAAAGGUCUCUAUCAACGAUGUGAGCCUCACAGUUUACUUAAUGGUGAUUCUACUCAACAGACGUUGUUUUCUUGUUCUUGUCCUACUUGCCACAUUCUCUUGCUUCUCGUUGAAGUUAUGUUAUGGUCAGGACAGAAUCACGUUUUCAACUCCAAUCAAAGACUCAGAGUCAGAGACACUUCUCAGCAACAAUGGUAUUUUCAGGUUCGGUUUCUUCACUCCUUUAAACUCCACUACUCGGUUACGUUAUGUUGGGAUCUGGUACGAUAAGGUUCCAGUUCAAACUGUUGUUUGGGUUGCUAACAAAGACACACCCAUCAACAACACUUCUGGUGUUGUGUCAAUCUCUCAAGACGGAAACCUUGUGGUUACCGAUGGUCAAAGCCGCCUUCUAUGGUCAACAAACCACACAGUAUCAGUAUCUUCAAAUGAUACUUCGGUUCAGCUAAUGGAUACAGGGAAUCUUGUGUUACAAGAAAACAGUGAGAUCCUAUGGGAGAGUUUCAAGCAUCCUUACAACUCUUACUUGCCAGUAAUGACUUUUGGUACCAACAACAAGACCGGAGAGAAUCUAAACCUUACUUCAUGGAGAAGCUAUACAGAUCCUUCAACAGGAAACUACACAUCUAAUAUUUCCUUUUUCCCGUUUCCUGAGCUCAUGAUCUGGAAGAAAAACAAUGUUCCAAUCUGGCGUAGCGGACCAUGGAACGGUCAGGUUUUCAUCGGUUUACCGGAUUCGAUAUCUCUUCUGUUUCUUGAUGGGUUUAACGUUUCCAAUGAUAACAAAGGAACUUUUUUAAUCUCAUACGCUACUGAUUCUUUCAUGCAUCACUUUAACUUGGAUCCUGAUGGAUAUCUAUAUAUGAGAAGUUGGAAUACUUCUACUAGAGCUUGGUCGGUCGAUGCCAUUAUUCCAUCGACAACUUGUGAUGUAUACAACAGAUGUGGUCCAUUCGCGAGCUGCAGUUUACAGGAAAAUCCGCCUUGUAAAUGCGUGAAUGGGUAUGUGCCGAGGAAUAACACAGAGUGGAAUCGAGGGAUCUUGAUUGGUGGAUGUGUGAGAAGAGUUCCAUUGCAGUGUAAUGUAAGUAGUACUGGUGGAGGAAGAGGAGAUGGGUUUUUUAAAAUGCUGAAGAUGAAAUUACCAGCUAAUGUGGAGAGGUCUCUAGCUAAUGAGAAGGAUUGUCCUAAAGUUUGUUUAGAUAACUGUUCUUGCAAUGCUUAUGCUUAUGAUAGAGGAAUCGGAUGCAUGCUUUGGAGUGGUAGAUUAGUUGAUAUGCAAUCAUUUUUAGGGAGUGGCAUUGAUCUUAAUAUUCGGGUUUCGCAUUCCGAAUUUAAUACACAUAGUAAGCGAAGAGUUAUGAUCAUCACAGCAUCUGUGCUUGGUGUUGUGUUUGUUGCAACGAUCUGUGUUCUUUUGGCAUGCAGGAAAUUCAAGAAGCGUCCAGCAGAUAGAAGUGCUGAGCUAUUGUUUCAAAGAAUGGAAGAACUUACAAGUGGUAACGAGUCUUCUUCUAACCAAGUCAAACUCAAAGAUCUUCCUCUCUUUGAGUUUAAAGUGUUAGCUACAUCUACUGAUAACUUCUCUCUCAUAAACAAGCUUGGACAAGGCGGAUUUGGUCCUGUUUACAAGGGAAUAUUAUCAGAAGGUCAAGAAAUUGCGGUGAAGAGGCUCUCAAGGGCAUCAGGACAAGGACUAGAGGAACUUAUGAACGAGGUGAUUGUGAUUUCGAAGUUGCAGCAUCGAAAUCUGGUGAAGUUACUUGGCUGUUGCAUUGAAGGUGAAGAAAGGUUGUUAGUCUAUGAAUACAUGCCAAUGAAGAGCUUGGAUGCCUAUCUAUUUGACCCAUUGAAGCAAAACAUUCUUGAUUGGAAGAAAAGGUUCAACAUAAUGGAAGGAAUUUGCAGAGGUCUUUUGUACCUGCACAGAGAUUCAAGACUAAAGAUCAUACACAGAGAUCUAAAAGCCAGCAACAUUUUGUUAGAUGAUAAUCUGAAUCCAAAGAUAUCUGAUUUCGGACUUGCCAGAGUUUUCCGAGCAAAUGAGGAUGAAGCUAACACAAGAAGAGUUGUUGGAACUUACGGCUAUAUGUCACCAGAAUAUGCAAUGGAAGGUUUAUUUUCAGAAAAAUCAGAUGUUUUCAGCUUGGGGGUUAUAUUUCUAGAGAUCAUAAGUGGGACAAGAAACUCUCACAAGAAAGAAAAUAAUCUGAACCUUUUACCUUAUGCGUGGAAGCUGUGGAACGAUGGUGAGGUUGCUUCUUUAGCAGAUCCAACCGUUUUGGAUGAGUCUUUUGUGGCAGAGAUAACAAAAUGCGUUCAGAUUGGACUGUUAUGUGUGCAAGAAGUUGCAAAUGAUAGACCAAGUGUUUCAACUGUGAUUUGGAUGCUAACUACCGAGAACACAAACCUCCCUGAGCCAAAGCAGCCUGCGUUUAUAUCAAGAAGAGGUGUUUCCGAGGCUGAAUGUUCUAACCAGAGUAGUCAGAAGGACAGGAUCACCUUCUCGACUCCGAUCAAUGACUCAGAGACACUUCUCAGCAACAAUGGUCUUUUCAGGUUCGGUUUCUUCACUCCUGUAAACUCUACUGGUCAUUUACGUUAUGUUGGCAUCUGGAUGCUCAAAACCGUCUUGUGGGAGAGUUUCAAGCAUCCUUAUAACUCUUUCUUGCCAACAAUGACUCUUGGGGCCACCAAGGGAAGUACAGAGAAUCUAAAGCUUACUUCAUGGAAAAGCUAUACAGAUCCUUCAACAGGGAACUAUACAGCUGGCAUUUCCCUUUUCCCAUUUCGUGAGCUUAUGAUCUGGAAAAACAAUGUCACAAUCUGGCGUAGCGGACCUUGGAACGGUCAGAUUUUCAUAGGCUUAGAGGAUGAGGUAGCUCUUCUGUUUCUUGAUGGGUUUAAUAUUCUCAGUGAUAAUGAAGGAACAUUUACAGUGUCAUAUGCUACUGAAUCUCCCAUGUAUCACAUGAACUUGGAUCCUGAUGGAGUUCUAUAUAUAAGAAGUUGGAGUACUCUUACGAGAUCUUGGGAGAUCGGUAACACUAUUCCAACAACAACUUGUGAUGUAUACGGUACUUGUGGUCCAUUCGCGAGCUGCAGUGUAAAGGAAGUUCCGAUAUGUAAUUGCAUAAAAGGGUUUGUGCCGAGGAAUAACACAAAGAGGAGUGGAGGGAGCUGGAGUAGUGAAUGUGUGAGAAGUACUCCAUUGCAGUGCAAUGUAAGUAGUGGUGGUGGAGGAAAAGGAGAUGGGUUUUUUCAAAUGCAGAAGAUGAAAGUACCAGCUAAUGCGGAACAGACUCCAGCUAAUGAGGAAGCUUGUCCUAAGGUUUGUUUAGGUAACUGUUCUUGCACAGCUUAUGCAUAUGAUCAAGGAAUAGGAUGCAUGCUUUGGAGCGGUAACAUGGUUGAUAUGCAAUCAUCUUUGAAGACUGGUAUUGAUCUUUUUAUUCGGGUUGAGCAUUCUAAACCCAAAACACAUUCUGUAGAAACACAUAGUAGUAAGCGAGCAAUUAUGAUCACAGCACCAGUGCUAGGCUUUGCGUUUGUUGCUAUGGUCUGCAUUCUUUUGGCAUGCCGUAAAUUCAAAAAGCGUUCAGCACCAGAGAAAGAUACAAGUGCAGAGCUAAUGUUUAAGAAAAUGGAAGCACUCACAAGUGUUAACGAGUCUGCUUCUAACCAAGUCAAGUUCAAAGAUCUUCCUCUUUUUGAGUUUAAAGUGUUAGAAACAUCAACCGAUAACUUCUCUCUUAUAAACAAGCUCGGGCAAGGCGGAUUUGGUCCUGUUUACAAGGGUAUGUUGCCUGAAGGGAAAGAAAUUGCAGUGAAGAGGCUCUCACGGGCAUCAGGACAAGGAUUAGAGGAACUUAUGAACGAGGUGGUUGUGAUUUCGAAGUUGCAGCAUCGAAAUCUGGUGAAGUUGCUUGGAUGUUGCAUUGAAGGUGAAGAAAGGAUGUUAGUAUAUGAAUACAUGCCAAAGAAAAGCUUGGAUGCCUAUCUAUUUGACCCAUUGAAGCAAAAGAUUCUUGAUUGGAGGACUCGGUUCAGCAUAAUGGAAGGAAUAUGCAGAGGUCUACUGUACCUUCACAGAGACUCAAGACUAAAGAUCAUACACAGGGAUCUAAAAGCCAGCAACAUUUUGUUAGAUGACAAUUUGAAUCCAAAGAUAUCUGAUUUUGGGCUUGCUAGGGUUUUUCGAGCGAAUGAAGAUGAAGCUAACACAAGAAGAGUUGUUGGAACUUACGGCUAUAUGUCACCGGAAUAUGCAAUGGAAGGUUUAUUCUCAGAAAAAUCAGAUGUUUUCAGCUUGGGGGUUAUAUUUCUAGAGAUUAUAAGUGGGAGAAAAAACUCUCACAAGGAGGACAACAAUCUAAACCUUCUAGCUUAUGCGUGGAAGCUGUGGAACAAUGGUGAGGUUGCUUCUUUAGCAGAUCCAACCGUUUUUGAUGAGUCUUUUGUGAAAGAGAUAACAAAAUGUGUUCAGAUUGGAUUGUUAUGUGUGCAAGAAGUUGCAAGCAAUAGACCAAGUGUCUCAACUGUGAUCUGGAUGCUAACUACCGAGAUCACGAACCUCCCUGAGCCGAAGGAACCUGCGUUUAUAGCAAGAAGAGGAGUUUCCGAGGCUGAAUGUUCUGACCAGAGUAGUCAGAAGGUCUCUAUCAAUGAUGUGAGCCUCACAACUGUAACAGGACGUUAA